GUGUAGCGGGCACUCACCUGAGGGUGCCCAGGGUCAGGAUGGUUCCUCUCUCCUCACAGACCUAUGUGCCCACCGUGUUUGAGAAUUACACCGCCUGCUUGGAGACUGAGGAACAGAGAGUGGAGCUUAGCCUAUGGGACACCUCAGGGUCUCCCUACUAUGAUAACGUCCGCCCGCUCUGCUACAGCGACUCGGAUGCAGUAUUACUGUGCUUCGACAUCAGUCGUCCGGAGACGGUGGACAGCGCACUCAAGAAGUGGAAGACGGAAAUCCUAGACUAUUGUCCCAGCACCCGGGUAUUGCUUAUUGGCUGCAAGACAGACCUACGAACAGACCUGAGCACUCUGAUGGAGCUGUCCCACCAGAAGCAGGCCCCCAUCUCCUAUGAGCAGGGCUGUGCGAUGGCCAAGCAGCUGGGUGCAGAAAUCUACCUGGAAGGCUCAGCUUUCACCUCGGAAAAGAGCGUCCACAGCAUCUUUCGAACGGCGUCCAUGGUGUGUCUGAACAAGGCCAGCCCAGUGCCCCCGAAGAGCCCUGUCCGAAGCCUCUCCAAGCGACUGCUCCACCUCCCCAGCCGCUCUGAACUCAUCUCUUCCACCUUCAAGAAGGAAAAGGCCAAAAGCUGUUCCAUUAUGUGAAGCGGGGGUUGGAGAGGGGAGCCCACCUCCACUCCCCCUCCCAUGGGGCAUAGAGGCCGAGGGAGAGAGGGAGGAGGAGACAGUUUAGGACAUUGGACACGAGUUUUUCGGACAGCCAUGGUGAGGGCUUGGAAGGAGACAGGAAUGGGACAAGGAAGGAGCCGGGUCCGGCAUGAGGGCCUGCCACUGAGAGAGAACCAUCACCCCAAGCCAGGCACUAGGCUGUGGAGGGGGUAACUGCCCCCUGGCCCCGCACUGCAGAGGAAGGAAGGUGUUGGCGGAUGGGGGCAUGUUGGCCUACUGGGCUUGGGGGCCUACAAGAGCCUCACCUUCAGUGUCAUGCCCCUUCCACACAGCAUCUCCAUGCAGGCCAAGGGAUGGAGGGGUCCCUGAGCCCUUUCCCUCCCCUUUGAGGAGAGCUCAGCUGAGAGGUGGCGCGUGGGGAAGCUGAGAGGCAGCUCCCUUGGGAGCGAGUGUAGCUCAGGUGCUUCAUAACAAAUCCGAAGGGCAGGAGCUGGUCAGAGCCGAUGGGAAGGAAACCUUCCUGUAGCCCGUGCCUCGCGGAGAGGUGCCGUCAUACAUUCACAUGCUUCUCGCCCUAGUCCCCGGAGCCCAAGGGAGAAGCCCCAGACCCCCUUCUCUUGAGUGUGGGGGUGGUGGUGCUGCAGGGGAGAGCUGGGGUUGUGUGUGUCACUUUUUCCUGCCCUUGGGCAGUACAGCUGGCAUUUGUUUUAUAGACUCUUGUCUUUGGAAUGGGGGGAGGGGGGCGUGUUUCAAUAUGUCAUAUGUUCCGUGUAAAGAAGAAAACCUAUUUAUUAAUGAAAAUAUAAUACCUAUAAAGAGGUUGACUUUGUUUUUCUUGGUUUCAUUCUCCCCUUGUCCUGUGGGCAGUGUCAAGGGGGAGAGAGCCGCCCCGAGGCUCUUUCUGUGCCACCAGUGGGCUGCCUCUACUGCUGCCGAGCACCUUCCGAAAGGAACGCCUCUCUGUGCCCACCCAAGUUCUGCCAAGCCCAGGAGGCCCAUUUCCUGAGCCCCAGAGCAGGGCUCCUCCACCUUGAAACUAUGGGCAUUUGGACUGGAUAAGGUUUUGUUGUACAGGGCUGUGCCGUGCAUUGUGGGAUGUUUAGCAGCAUCUUGGCCUCUGCUCACUAGAGACUAAUAGCACUGUCUACCCUGAUCCCUCACAAUGGCAAUCAACAUUGUCUCCAGAUGAUGUGAAAUGUCCUUGGGGCCAACUGGGAGAUGCUAACCCCUGCAGGACAGGGAUAUACUGCAGACAGGGCAGGAGGGAGGUGUGGUCUGCUCUGAGUUCAAGGUGAAGUGAUAUCUAAGUAUUUCAAAAGGUAUAGCUCUCAAAAAAGUUUGUGGGAAUAUUCCAUUGUUUAAUUUCAUUUUCCACAAACUUCUUGAAGCUCCUCUGUAUGCAUGUGGGUACACACGUGAUUUUUUUCAAAUUCAAUUUUUACAGGUGUGCAACUUAUUGCCAGUAAUCAAAGUAAUGGACUUACAACCUUAACCUUCAUGUGAUUUUGUAUCCAUCAUCAUAUAACAAAACUCAGUGCUCCAUAAGCAAUAACCACCCCUUCCUCUCUCCCACCCCCGAUAACCACUAAUAAACUUUGGCCGCUGUA